ACAGUCGUUACAUUACUCACGGAGCCGUGCUCCAGUUUGGAAGUCUGUCUAAAGCGCGUUGGCUUAUCACGCAUUCCUUUAUCGUUUUGAUAUUUUUAAUUACUUUCAAUUCAGCUAGUUCAAGGAUGUAUGUUCAGUUUAACGGGGACACAUAGCCUACGCGGUAUUGUAACUGAGGAAAAAUAAAUACGUCCUCACAGUUUGCUACUUGUGGUAAACAGGCUACACCAGAUAGUCACAGACCAUCUUUUUAAAUAUUUCUUAUUUUAUUUUUCCACUCGACUUCACAAAAGGAAACACAUUCUUACUGGACCACAGGACGAGGAAAUAUACGCAGAACUUUUUUCCACAUGCAUUUUGUUUGUUUCUUACCGGACCGUCAGUGGAACUCGCCGGUGGGUGCCCCCCUGUCUGCCAAAUCUGACGGCUCAUCUGACUCAAGUGGAGGUUUUGACUUCUGACGGUUAAAGAGCCGAACUGGCGAGUGCGUUGGUUUAAGCGUGCACUAAACAUCCGCUUUUGUUGAUAACAUCUUACAUUUCGGCUAUUUAGAAUCGGAAUCAUUGCCCCGGAUCCACAAUUCUUCAAAAACAACGACCACAACAAGGCACUCUCCUGUUGCUUAGCCAAAACCCAAACAGCGUGCUCGCACGCCUUUUCCUCGAGCUGCGGUUCACGUGAAACAUUCUAGCGGUUUCCAGGAGCGUUUUCCCGGUUGUUGUGUGGAUUUUGAUAGUUCCUCCAGUUUGGGUAGUGCGGGUACUACUUUGACUGAAUCAAAAUGCCACAGUUAGCCGGUGGUGGUGGCGGCGGGGAUCCUGAGCUAUGUGCCACUGACGAAAUGAUUCCGUUCAAAGAUGAGGGAGACCAAGAACAAAUAUUCGCAGAACUCAGUCACUCAGAGGAAGACGAGGGAGACUUGGCAGAUAUCAAGUCAUCUUUAGUAAACGAGUCAGAGACGAGUCCAAACAGUAAUCACGAUGGAACUAGACAAUCCCAACUAUCUCAAGACUCCUACCACGACAAACACAGAGACCAUCAGGACGAUGGGAAACACCAAGACAUGUACAACAAAGGUCAUCCAUACUCUGGCUACCCGGGUUACAUCAUGAUGACCAACAUGAACGACUCUUACAUGAAUAAUGGUUCCUUGUCGCCGACUAUGCCCAGAACGUCCAAUAAGGUUCCUGUGGUGCAGCCGUCACAUGCGGUCCACCCGCUCACCCCACUCAUCACAUACAGCGACGAGCAUUUCGCCCCCGGGCCCCACUCCGGACACCACCCCCAGGACGUCAACCCCAAACAAGGACAGUACCACUCAUCCUGUCUCUCUACAGGCCUACAGCGGCACCAUCCUGGACCCGACAUGCCCAACUUCUACUCUCUCUCACCGGGAGGAGUGGGACAGAUCACCCCCCCACUGGGAUGGUUCUCCCACCAUAUGGUCCCAGGUCCCCCUGGGCCACACGCCACGGGGAUCCCUCAUCCGGCCAUCGUCAACCCCCAGGUCAAACACGAGCCCCAGCAUGACAACGACCUGAUGCACAUUUUUGCCAGGAAGCCCCAGCACCACGAACAGAGGAAGGACCAGGAGCCCAAGAGGCCCCACAUCAAGAAGCCACUGAACGCCUUCAUGCUCUACAUGAAGGAGAUGAGGGCCAACGUGGUGGCAGAGUGCACGCUGAAGGAGAGCGCCGCCAUCAACCAGAUCCUGGGACGCCGGUGGCAUGCUUUAUCUCGGGAAGAGCAAGCUAAGUAUUACGAAUUAGCCCGUAAGGAACGGCAGCUUCACAUGCAGCUCUACCCCGGCUGGUCCGCCAGAGACAAUUAUGGAAAGAAGAAGAAGCGGAAGAGGGAGAAGAUCCAGGAACCGGCUGCAGGAGGGAAACGGAACGCUUUCUCCGCGCCGGGCAAAGCGAAGGCAGCAACUACGGGCUCCAUGUUGGAGAUGGAGGCCUGCUAGAUCCCACAAACCUUUUCUGUCCCCCCUACGCCGACCUGGAAGACUCAGCCCCCCUUUCUCAGAGGAACACCCCCGCCCAUCCCAAGCUUGACUUUAUACUCCGUGCAGUGACUUGCCUAGCAGCUGCAGAGACUGAAUAAAACAAGACAAUCACUACUUCUGAAGAGCGUCAACCAGCGUCUCGCCCAAACGCCCUAUAACCCUCUCCACAGCCAACGGAAAAAGAUGAACCCGAAAUAUUCUUUGUUCUCCUGCUUUCGUUUUUUUUUCUUACGAAUCCGCUUCGUCGCCAUCCACGGCAAAUGCACUGAAAACAUUUCAGCGAUUUCCGGUUGUCCAGCGCACACACUUCAGCACCCUAACACACACAUCACCUGCUCCUAAGUUAUUUUUUAAGUUAUUUGUCACCCCCGUUCCUUUCCUUUGUACAGCCCCACUAUGUUUGACCCUCAACACUCCCCGGUUCCCCGUCACUGGAUUUGAGGCCACACCCCCCCCCCCCCCCCAACACAUCUUUAGACUGACUGCACUAUGACAAGGAAGAGGGAGGGAUGUCAAUCACGUGUUGUCAAGGAAACAUCCUGUCAAGGCUCCUAUCUUCCAUUUUGAUUUUUAUCAAUGACCAGUUGGUGCAAAAUAGGAUCAACGAUUUAUGAUUAUAGCUUUUACUUUUGGGUUGGAAUUAAUUUUGAAUGCCUUUUUGUAUUUUGAACUUUGUUUCAAUUUCUUGGUGUAUAUUUUCAGUGAUUUUAAUUAUUUUACCUUUUUAUAUAUAUACUGGUAUAUAUGAAAAUAAGCUUUGGACACAGGAAAGCCAUUUUUUUUCUUGUUGAAGCGUCUUGCAGAAAAAAAUAAAAUUAAGGCUUCUUUUCAUAACUAUUUGUAACAAAUAGUGACCUCGACUUAAGUCUUGCUCAGAUGUAAAAUAAAGCUCAAUACGUGUACUUUGUAAGGAAACUGUCAGGAUAUGUCACUUUUCUUGGUAUUUUUGCAGGCAAUGUUAGGACACAGGCAAGAGUGGCUGCUCAGAGGCCUAUAUUUUAUUGUUCUAAAGUGACAAAUGAAGCAGAUAUAUAUAUUUACCCCAGCACUUGGCAGUUUUUCUUUUAUUGCGAUCGACCUUUGUCUCUCCUAUUUCUGGUAGCUAUUAGUGUGGUCUUUUUACCCAUGUUGUUAUUCCAUGCAAGACUUUCUGUAACAUUUUGAUUUUACGCUCUAUUUUUAGUACUACUUGAUGCAUUUUUUUUUUAUCCAUUGUCAUAUUUUGAAUCACUGUCAUCUUGGUAAAAGCAAUUUGCUUCCCAAGGUGUCACAUUUUAACUGUUUCAACAUGUUUUGUUUUUUUAAAGAAAAAUAAAAAGGCAUCAUUGGCUCA